CUCGACUCAAAGUAUUUAUUUAUAUCGUCUGCUAAGCGGAGUACUAUCGAAGCGAAAUGUUUCUUGAUGAAAAAUUUUCUUAGGAAACUAAAAAGUGAAAAGAUAUAUUAUUUAAAAAAAAAAGAAUGGUGUUACUAGUCGGUGCGAGUGGUUCUGGUAAAACUUUAUUACUAAGAAGGCUGAAUUAUGCAACUCUCGUAAGCAAUUCGUUUAGUAGUUUGGAAGAACCUCCAUUAACGAUUAGUACGGUAAUAAUAAAUAUUUAAAUAAGUAGUUUACAGGUAUAUACCUGUUAAUUAUUGUAUGAUAAAUAUAUUCCUAAUUAGGUUGGAACCAAUUUAAUGAGGGUAUUAGUAAAUAAAAGACAAGAAGUUGAAGUUAGAGAACUUGGAGGUUGUAUGGCUCCAAUAUGGAAAAAUUAUUUUAAUGUGUGUGAUAGUCUUAUGUUUGUCAUUGAUACAUCAGACAAGGCGAAACUCAGCUGUGCCUUCUGCCUUUUGAUUGAUAUACUCGCUCACCCUCAACUUCAAACAGUUCCAAUUUUAUUAAUUUUAAAUAAAAUAGAUUCGCCACAAAAGUUAAGCCAUUCUCAAUUAAAUGACUAUAUACAUUUAGAUGGCAUUGUUCACCACUGUCCUCAAAGAAUCGAAAUUUUACAAACAAGUGCAAAAGAUGGAACAGGAUUAGAGAGAGUUGUUGACUGGAUGAAGCAUCACUGCGCUUGAUCAUUCUCUUUAUAAAUUGCUUAACCGAAACUAAAAGAAUUCUCCAGUAUUAAUUAAUCCAUACCAAAGUUUUAUUUUGUGAAUAAUAAAUGUUUUUUUAAUUAUA